UUCCAGUUCUGAGACCACCCAAAAUGACAACGCAGAAAUCGGGAUGCCAACAGAUGAGGAAAUGUUAUCCAUUCCCAUCAGUAACAGUGUUUAUGCAAUUCUUAAGAGAAGAGAAAACUACCUGUGUAGUCUGCUUCAGAAGAAGUUUGGCUGCAUCACUGUCCUUAAGAGCGUAAGGAAUCCCACUGAAGUGUAUAGGAAGAGCCUGAAGGAAGGAAUUGAAGUUUCAGUCUGGGUAGAUGAUCUGCCAAGGCAUGAGGCUGAUGCUUUGGUGAAUGCAGCCAAUGAGCACCUCCACCAUUUUGGGGGCCUUGCAUUUGCCCUUCUAAAAGCUGGAGGACCAGAAAUUGAGGAGCAGUGCAAGCAUUUCAUUGAAAAGAAUGGACCACUCAGCACUGGCCAAAUAGCUGUGACUAGUGGAGGAAGGCUCCAUUGCAAGCAAGUCAUCCAUGCAGUAGGUCCAAGGUGGUCCAAAGAUCAGAGGGAGGAUUGUUGCCUGAAACUUGAAGCAGCCAUUAUCAAUAUCUUGAAAUAUGUGAAUGCUCCAGAAAACAACAUCAAGUCCGUGGCCAUUCCUGCCUUGAGCUCAGGGAUCUUCAACUUCCCGCAGAACUUGUGUGCUCAAGUGAUUGUUCGGACUAUAAAGAAUUUUAUCCAGCUAGCUCCACUAUUUGGCUACUUGCAAGAAAUCCACCUUGUGAACAUUGAUGAGACGACCGUUGAAGUCAUGAGAAGGGCUUGUGAAGAAUUGCUUGGCGCUGAUGACAUUGAGCCUCUGAAUGGGACUGUGGAUUCCAUCACAGUCAAUGAACUCUGCCUACAGAUCAAAAAAGGGAACAUAGAAACGCAUAAUGCUGCCAUUGUUAUUAACCCUGUGAUUGUGCAAGAUGAUCUCUCCCAAGGAACUAUUUCAAGAGCGAUUCUGGAAAAAGCAGGUCCAACUAUGCAGGAGCAAUUUCUGUUUGAGUUACAGAAGUUUCCACCAGACAGUCCCAAACUCAUACUCACAAACGGAUAUAAUAUGGACUGCAACUUUGUGCUCCACGUGGUAUGGCCACCUUACAGGGAAGGCAGUGCACAGGAGGUACUGAAAGCAGCUGUUUCUCAGUGUCUUUUCAAGACUCAGGAGCAGCAGUUUUCAUCCAUUUCUUUUCCGCCCCUUGGGAUUGAAGAUUUGCACUUGCCAAAUCGUGAAGUGGCAGAGAUUAUGGUGGAAGAAGUCCUAUGCUUUGCAGAGGGGCAUCCUGGGAAGAAACUGGAUGUAUACAUUGUGAUUUCUCCAGACGACAGUGAUGUCUAUGAAGAUUUCUGUGCCAAGCUUAUGACAAUCAAAAACAAACUGGAAGAAAAGAUGGACUGCAGCAAUAUGGAUGCUAUGGAGCUACAGACUGACAUACAAGCCAAUGCAGGUUAUGAAAGAAAUGGGCCAUUUGUGGAACUUAUUGGACGCAGUCAUGAAACUCUGGAGGAAGCAGGAUUGUGGCUUAAGAACAUCAUACAAGUCGAGGAGACUCAUCGGAUUGUUAUAAGGAAUUACAGCAUUCUAAACCUUGGCAAUGGCCAGCCUGUUGAGCUGUCUCAUCUUCAGCAGCAUUUUGGCAUAACCAUACAAGAGAGUUUGACUGAAGAGGGGGCAGCCCUAGAGAUCGAAGGUCCCCCCCGAGCUGUGAUUGAUGCUACUUUUGCAGUCGAAUUCAUGCUACAGACUACAGCCAAGCAAGAACCCUUGAGGACAGAUGGACCUUUGGGAAACUGUCCUCAUCAAGAAGGGCAUGUGGAGACGUCAAGUAACUGUCGCUACCAAGUCACUCCAAUAGAGUCAUAUCUUCAAGAAUUCAAGUACAAAGAAAAACAACUUGAAAAAGCUGGCCUCCAAGUUCUCAAGAUCGAGAAAAUAAGUAAUCCUCUUUUAGAAUCCGCUUUCCAAAGGAUUAAAAGAAAAAUUGAAGGAAAAAAUACAGGAAUGCCAGUGUGCCACAGGCUAUACCAUCAUGUCCCAGCUCAGUAUUGUAGUCUGGUCUGCAAAGCUGGAUUUCAGAAAACCUACUCCGCUUCACAUGACCAGAAGUAUGGAGCUGGUAUCUACUUUAACAAGAAUCCCAGGAACCUUGUAGCAGAUUCCAGGGAAAAUUGUGAAAUGGACCGCUUGAUCUGUGUAUUUGAGGCAGAGGUUGUAACAGGUUCAUAUACAAGGGGCAAUCGACGCUAUGUAGCACCACCAUUAAUGAAUGCAAGCAGCAUGAAACUCUAUGACAGUGUCGUUGAUGAUAUUCUCAACCCUGAGACCUUCGUCAUUUUUAAUAGGGAGCAAGCUCUACCAUUAUAUCUGUUGACUUGUUCCCUACUUUGGAAUCCAGCACAAGAGAUCAGAUUGGGACCAUCAGCCCAGAAUCUAUGAGGCCUUGAAGUUCAUCAGAAUACAGGUGCUAGGUUCUGUGUAUAAAGAUUAAGUAACUUAUAUAUGGCAGUUCUCCAAUGCAGUGAAAAAUCUUGCCUCAUUACAACCCUGAAAUACCCUUAU